CACCAGUCUCCUUAUAAAUCUACUCAACGUCGCUGAGAUAAAAUGGUUCAUACUGUUUAGACGAACACGCUACAAAUAAGACUCAUGUUCUCCCCCAAAGCCUUUCGCGCAGCGCGCACCGUUACCCGAAUCUCGCUGUGUCGACCCAUCAUCUCCGUACCAGCUCAAACCCACGCUUUCUCCGCAACCGCCAGGAUGACAUCCAAGUUCCCUACACCCUCGAGCGAUCGGCCUCAGAAUGAAAUGCAAUAUUUUCCGGGAAUGACGACGGCUCUGCCCUCCGAGUCCGCCGAGUUCCGUCGAGUUCUGUGGACGGGUCUCUACUCCCAGCUAGUCCUAAUGACAAUCCCAGUUGGUGGCGACAUUGGUGAAGAAAUUCACACCGUCGACCAAGUCCUGACCUUCACUUCUGGCAAAGGUCUGGCGCAAGUCGGAAGCAAAGAGCAAGAGGUCAAGGCCGGCGACAUGGUAAUCGUUCCUGCGGGGACCAAGCACCAGUUCUUGAACAAGGGCCCGACACCCUUGAUUCUGUACACGGUGUACUCGCCGGCGGAGCACAAGCCGACGACGAUUCACAAGACCAAGGAAGAAGGUGACCAGGAGGAAGAGGAUGGCAUCGAUGUGGCACCGGAAUGGAGCCAGAGAAGUAAGGAGCAGAAUGAGAAGGAAGGUUGGGUCAAGGGCGAGUAAUUUUGGCUGGCGCUUAUCAGUACGCAGUCUUGCACACUUUUUUUAGUUAUCACAGUAUUCAAGAAUGUUUCUAAUCCCACGGAUACUGCUUUCA